CGUCUCCUCUCUCGUCAUGCAUUCCCUGGAUUCGACAAUGGCUUUUGACACCGCUACAGCACACCUCACCACCCUCCAACGAGGCGAGAGCCGCUGCCUACUGUAAACCGAGUGUGGAACCUGCCGCCAUACGGAUCACCGGGCGUCCGCGUUUCAGCGCGCGCCAGCAGUCGGUCCGCGAGCUACCAAACCAGCCCGGCCCAGCCCAGCCUAAGCAGGCCGGUCCGCAGACCAGUCACAGCCGCCAGAUUAGGUCGCAUUACGCUGUUGAAAGGCACCCUUCUUCAUCAGUCCGGUGCCUGCUCUGCUCUAGCCCACGAUUACCCUUGCCGGGGCGUCGCGCCUCCACGGCGCCUGACAGCUCCCCCCACUGCCGUUCGUCCACGCGCAACGAACAGCCGAGAUCCCUUUCGCCCGAAGCUCGCUCUGCCCGCCCCCAACUUCUGCGCUGGCCAUUCCUGGCACCGGCCCGCGCCCGCCGUCCGGAAGUGACGAAGCCGACAGCUACUGGCAGCCCGGCGGUGCGAUCGAUACAGUACUUACAUUAGUAGUGCCUACUUGGGUACCUUUAGGUAGCGAACGACGCAACUGGCCUUACGUACCUACAUACAACGUUGCGGUCAGCCCUUUGCCAGCAGCCUCCUGUGUCCAACCGUCUUCCUCUUCGACACAUGUGAGUGCGCGACGUCUUGGUGACCCCCAUGUCGCACCCAUGACCACUGGUGGGCUUCCCUCUGUCACAGCUUAUCCGCGUUGGCACAUGUACGCAAAACCACGCGACUAGCAGUAGUCGCACAUCGCACGGCAGCACAUGCGAAGCCACCUCUCGGAUCAGCCGCUCACUGACUGCCUUUUCCGUACAGGUCCUUUCCCUACGUCUCCUUCCGUCCCGUCGAUAAUUCCCUGCGUCUUCUAAUACGCACCACGGCAGCCCCGGUGUGGCUCCGUUACCAAGGGUAGGUUGAGUGCCAUAUCAGCUAUUUCCCUCGUUGUCUUCCCUGUCCAUCAGAGUCGGUCCCCGGCUCCCCCCAUUGCCCCUCCCCCACAGCGACGGCUAUUGCUCCAAGUCGUAUUGACUUUCGGGCCUCCGGAGGAGGACUCAAGCGAGCACUUUCCCAUGAGCCGUCUCCCGCCUCCCCCGGCCCACGUACCCCAGUCCACGUCUGCGUCUGCCCAGCUCUCCCCAAACAUCCUUCUCGAUCCCGUUCCUGGGACGGUCCACUUGGAAGCACGACAUUACCUCUUGCACCCACGGAGUUUGUCAACCAGACAACACCACUGGUACCCUGCGGCGACCAGUUGCGGGGACUCCGCUCCACAUCCCGACCAUUGCCGUGCCUGGCAGCUCUUAUAUAACCUACCUCCCAUCCCUUCUUAUCCCCCCCCUACCCUCACGUACUCGUGCUUCAUUGUUCGAUAGUACCGCAACUCAAGCUGAAGUUGCCACAUACACAAACCCGGCCAAUCGUGGUCCAACGAGCGAGUGUAAUGCCAGCCUACUACCUUCAGGACUGCCACUACUUCUACCGCACCGCUCUGCGCGGUCUCAGCAUCAGCACCAGCGUCUCGCCGCUCUACUCAUAAAAUUUCACGGACUUGCUGACAAGAUGACCGCCAAAGUCCGCGUCUUCAGUCCUCCAAACUCCCUGGCAGCGCGGCUGGCAGAGCCUCCCGCCGACCCAGCUACGCCCCGAAGUGUCCCAGAGCCUCCGGCUUCCGUCUCGUCACGUCAGCCUCUGAACCUGUCAUCGGCUUACACCAGAGUGCCCAUGGCUACCCACAGUGCGCACAAGGAGGGCGGCAUCACUUUUGCUGCCCAAGACAAGCUUCCCAAGCUCCCCAUUCCCAACCUCGACGACACUUGCAAAAGAUACUUGGAGGUUCUUGCGCCACUUCAGGCCCCCCGCGAACGGGCUGAGACGAGACAUGCCGUUCAGGAGUUCCUCAAACAAGACGGGCCCGAUUUGCAAGACAAGCUCAAGAAGUAUGCCCAUGGCAAGACGAGCUACAUCGAGCAGUUCUGGUACGACUCGUAUCUCAACUUUGACAACCCCGUGGUCCUCAACCUGAACCCAUUCUUCCUUCUCGAAGAUGACCCUACGCCGGCGAGAAACAACCAAGUCACCCGUGCGGCUUCACUGGUCGUGUCCGCCCUCGACUUUAUCCGAGCUGUCCGAAAAGAGGAGCUUCCUCCCGACACGUUCAAGGGCACGCCGCUCUGCAUGUACCAGUUUUCUCGCUUAUUUGGCACUGCGAGAGUGCCGACCGAGAACGGCUGUCAAAUCGUGCAGGACCCGCAAUCAACGCAUAUCGCGGUCAUGUGCCAUGGCCAGAUCUACUGGUUUGAUGUCUUAGACGACAACUCCGACGUUAUCAUGACCGAGAAGGACAUUGCCAUCAACCUACAGACAAUCACCGAGGAUGCCGCUCAAAUCCCGAUCCAGGAGGCUGCCAAAGGUGCUCUCGGUGUCUUGAGCACGGAGAACCGCAAGGUGUGGUCUGGCCUCAGAGACGUUUUGACGAAGAACCCCGGCUCAAACAACGCCGACUGUCUCAACAUCAUAGACUCCGCGCUCUUUGUCCUCUGCCUUGACUACACGGAACCACCCAACGUCGCAGCAUUGUGUCAGAACAUGCUGUGUGGCACAAGCGAAGUGAAGAAUGGAGUUCAAAUCGGCACCUGCACCAACCGCUGGUACGACAAGAUGCAAAUAAUUGUUUGCAAAAACGGCAGCGCAGGUAUCAACUUUGAGCAUACAGGUGUGGACGGCCACACCGUGCUCAGAUUCGCCAGUGAUGUUUACACAGACACGAUUCUCCGCUUCGCCCGCUCCAUCAACGGCCAAGCACCCACCCUUUGGGCAUCAACAAGCCCCGACCCAUCCAAGCGAGACCCCGAAAGUUUUGGCGAUGUCAAUACCACACCACGGAAGCUUGAAUGGGACAUGAUUCCGGAGUUGAGCAUAGCUGUCCGCUUCGCCGAGACUAGACUUGCCGAUUUAAUCGAGCAGAACGAGUUUCAGUGUCUCGACUUCGGGUCUUACGGCAAGAACUUCAUCACCUCAAUGGGGUUCUCGCCCGAUGCAUUUGUGCAGAUGGCUUUUCAGGCCGCGUACUAUGGCUUGUACGGCCGCGUCGAAUGUACUUACGAGCCGGCGAUGACCAAGGUGUAUUUGCACGGCCGCACCGAGGCUGUUCGGACAGUUUCAAGCGACUCGGUUGACUUUGUCCAAACGUUCUGGGCAGACAAUCCGCUCGAGCAGAAGAUAGAAGCGCUGAAAACUGCGUGCCAGAAGCACGUCAAUCGAACGAAGGAGUGCGCAAAGGCCCAAGGCUGCGAUCGGCACCUGUAUGCCUUGUUCUGCGUUUGGCAGAAGUACGUCGAUGACGAGAUUGGCAGCGGCAUGAGCAGCUUCGGCCAGUCUAGCCCAGUAGAUGGGUACUCACCCGUAGGCAGCCCUGAGAAGGCCUCAAGCAUCUCAUCCCUGGACGGUGUCGAAAUAGGACGCAGCAGGGAACGUGGCGAUAGCACCAACUCGCGAUCACGAGACAGUCACCCUCUGCCAUUUAUAUUCGCAGACUCUGGCUGGGACAAGCUAAACACGACGGUUUUGUCGACAUCAAACUGCGGCAACCCGUCGCUCCGGCACUUUGGCUUCGGCCCGACCUCAGGCGACGGCUUCGGCAUCGGGUACAUUAUCAAGGAUGAUUCCAUUUCUAUUUGCGUCUCGAGCAAGCAUCGCCAAACGAAGCGCUUUGUCGACGCGCUUGAGAGCUAUCUCCUCGAAAUUCGACGGAUCCUCCGUGUAACAAACCGCAAAUCGUCGACAGCCAAGACCAGUCGGGCACGGGAGGCAGAGGAAUCAAGGCCAAAGCCCGUCGGCCGGAAGUCACGUGGCCGGCUCGUCACCGGUCUCGAGACGGUGAGGACGCCUCGAUCCCAAGACGGGUCGUCGCUCGCGGAGGAAAGCAUUACAGCCAGUGAUGACGACGAACUUGGAGGAUACGGGUUCUUUGACGCGGGCAUGCUGCGUCAGGCACUCAAGGCACGGGAUCCCGCGGCGGACACGAGUGAGACCAAGGCAUCGGAGCGGGCGGCAGUACAGGCCCGACGAAGGGAUGUGGGCAAGAAGCUUCGCUUAACGACGGAAUGAUGAUGAGCGUGUUGUAUGAAUUGUAGCUUUUGGGCCUUGUGCGCCGUGGGGGAUUUGUUUGUUGGAUAUCGAUUGCCAAAGCCAUAGCCGGAUAUAUUGCACCGCAAUCAUAUGGCCCAAGAACCAAGUGCGUUAUCCCGAGUUUGCAUCUCCGGCGUACAAGCUUGGCUUGGAUGUUGCUGAGAAUGGCCAUGCCCACAAGUCGGUUGCGGUCCAAGACAUACCUGGUCGCAACACAUUGCCAAGCUCACAUGUUUCGAAG